GUUCUUUUUCUUCCAUUUCAGCUUCACUUAUGGUCAAGCUUACGUGGUCAAUCGUAUUGUUAACCUGCUUGGGUACAGCCGUAUCUGUAACAGCUGAUCGACAGACUGCACCUGUCAGACCAUUGCCACCAGCUCCACUCGCUUGUAAUAACUUUCCAAAAUAUUACAACCUUCCCGUAAAUCGAUUCUUUUGGCUCGGUGCUCAUGAUGCCACUUCUCAAGAUCGUUCAUUGACCGAAAUGCUUCGUGAUGGUAUCCGAUUGCUUGAUUUGAACCUGUGCUCAUCUUCCGAGAACGCGAUUGUCGCUUGUUCAGAUUCGAGUAUGACGCUUCAGGAUAUAGCCGAUGAAAUACUAGACUAUGCUCGCGUACAAGAGGAGCAAGUGAUUACUGUCAAUGCCAACAUGCCCGAUGAUGUUUCUCUAUCGGCGUUUGAGAAAACGUGGGAUCAAGCAUGUAAGGUACAUACCGAGCGAGUUGAAGGCAUUGACCCCUUUGAAGAUGGCCAGUGUCCAUUUAUAUACAGAAGAGACAUAGCAUGGAAGUCCUUGGGCAGCUUGGUAAACUACGACCCAGAAGCGCCACAGUGGGAAGGCGAUGGUGAGCUUGUAGGCAUUCGCUCAAAGAUCGUAUUGACAACGAAUAGAAGUGGUGGCCCAAGAAACAGCGUCUAUUUUUCAGAGCAAUUCUGGCGAUCGACUCCUAAGCAGAAUACACCGAAUUUGAAUGAACAGUUGAAUACAUUAUGCAAAACACCCGGUGCUGUGGGGAUUGAAGGGUAUGUCGAUCCAUCAUCUGAUGGCGGCGACAGCAGCAAGGACGAAGGCAAGGCUUAUUUCACACCUACUAUUUGGGAGAAUGCUAUUGUUUCUCAAAAUGGAUGCAAUAUUGACAAUGCCGGGGCAGACGUGUUCGUGAAUGCGAUACUGGUCGAUCAGUACCACUAUCAUCUGAAGUACCUGCAUGAACUGCAGACACGCAUGAUACCCGUUAAUUUUGCAAAGUGGCAAGGACAGUCAAAGAUCAAAUUGGCCCCCUCGAAGCUUGUCUCAGUCCACCAUCCACACGAGCGAGAUGAACUGUAGAGAAAGAAAGAAAGAAAUAGCAAGAGAAAUAAAAAUAAAUCAAAUGG